UUAAAACAGCAAUAAACCAUUAACAAAAUCUCAACCUAAGCCAGGCGAAAAUGUCGAAGAUCCACGUUGUUGUUCUUGUUGCUGCCGCAUCCGUCCUCAUGGCCGGAGUGCUGGCCCUGCCCUCGGACUCGGCCGAUGCCCAUGCUGAGAUUCGCAGCUUUGUCAACGAGCUGAAGCAGGAGGACGGCAGCUACAACUACCAGUUCGAGACGACCAACGGCAUUGCCCAGCAGGAGCAGGGAGUGGGCGGCUACUACGCCUCCGGCUCCUCCCAGUACUACAGUCCCGAGGGCCAGCUCAUCCAGCUGACCUACACGGCUGACGAGAAUGGCUUCCAGCCGAUGGGGGAUCAUUUGCCCACGCCGCCACCUAUCCCGGAGGCCAUUCUCAAGUCGCUGGAGUGGAUUCGCAACCAUCCAGAGGAGAACGAGGAGUACGAGCACCACGACCACCACGGUCACGGCCAUGGUCAGGGUGCCGAGCAGGGCAAACAGUAUCUGCAGCAGGCACAGGGACAGGGACAGCAGCAGCAGCUGCCAGUGGGCUCUCUGCACGCUCCAGCCUCGGCGCCGGCAGCAGCCUCUGGUCUUCCCUACGAUAGGAAGAUUUAAGUUAUUCACCAGCCCCCAGCUCGUGCCACAUGCCUCGUGCUCCCAUUCAUCUUGUCCACCGGGUGGCACUAGUGUGUGUGUGUGUGUGUGUGUGUGCGAGAGUGUGUGACACUGUCAUGUCAUGUCUGUUUGCAUAGUCAAAGCAUCCAGCAAACAGAACCAGCAUCCAAUACCAACACCAGCACCAGCACCAGAACAUCAGCUGAACUACAUCCUCAAAGUACACUCUCUCCGCACACACACACAAGCACACACACACAAACAUUGUAGUAUAGACACUCCCAUACAUCCACAUCAACAUCCACAUCAACAUCAUGCUCCCGCCUGCGUGUCCGUUGUCGGCUCGGCUGACGUUGACAUUUAU